GGGCAGGCCCAGCAUGCAGCGCGGCGGCGUUUGAAUGGCGCAGGCUCGGGGUAUCGUGCCCCGGCGGUAGCGCUCUGUAACUCCUCCUCCCCCUCCGCGUGCCCCGGCCCGGUACCAUGAGCAGCGGGGAUUUGAGAGAUUAUGGCAUCUGAAGCCCACAAUGUUAGAAAACAGAAAGUACUGCAUAUUGAAGGUUGUCCCACUGAUCUCCCAGGAAAAAGACUCUCCUCUUCCACUAAAAAGAUCAUGAAGGAGGGUAAGAAAUGUCCAAAACAGCUGGCUGCUUACACAAACAGAAUAACAGUUGGAAAAACGGUGACCAGUCCCCUCUCUCUUUUCAAAAUAGUAUAUUGUAAAAGAAAAUUUCAUUGUUAUACUCCAAAGCCUUGUUACAGAAAGAAACAGUUCCCUAAACCUAGGGCCUGUGACAUGGCAAAUAAAGAAAAUGAAACAGCUUGUGCAGGGAAUCUGCCAGCAAAACUGUACAAUGAUAGUCCUACACACCUGAUGAAUUCUGGUGCCGCUGGCUCACCUCAAACAGAAGACCCCUUAUCCAAAUAUAAUGGAUUUUUUUCAGAGAUUUCUCGGGACCAUGAAACUAUGGCUCAAGUUCUUUUCAGCAGGAAUCUGAGGCUGAACGUAGCUUUAACUUUCUGGAGACGAAGAAGUAUAAGUGAACUCGUAGCCUACUUAGUGAGGAUACAGGAUCUUGGAGUAGUAGUAGACUGCCUUCCUGUGCUUACAAAGAGUUUACAGGAAGAAAAAACAUAUAUUUCAGUUGGCUGCUGUGUAGAUCUCUUGCCUUUAGUGAAAUCACUGCUUAAAAGCAAAUAUGAAGAAUAUGUAAUAGUUGGUUUAAACUGGCUUCAGGCUGUCAUUAAAAGAUGGUGGUCAGAACUAUCUGCACAUACAGGAAAGAUGGAGGAUGGAAAUAUUCAUAUUUUAAAACAACAAUUAAGCGGAUUAUGGGAACGAGAGAAUCAUCUUACUCUGGUUCCAGGAUAUACUGGUAAUAUAGCCAAGAAUAUAAAUGCUUAUUUAUUACAGCUACGCUGACAUGAUUGGGAAACUGUGUGCUUAUGUGGUGAAACGGUCCCCUAAAGGAUCCCUGAAAUAUGGACUAUUUCUAAAAGCCUUUUGAGAAAUAAUGACAGAAGAUAAUUGAACUGUCAAGCUGUUUGAUGAAACCACUAAUAAAAUCCUAACAAUCUACUUCACAUUGAAGUGGAAAAAUGUCUUUUACUUCAGUGAGGUGAAAGUGCACUAUGAAAACUGUAUGCCUUUGCUGCAUUUGAAAUUCAUUCAGUUACUAGGUUUUCAUUUAAAUGCUACUGUAUUUUACUACAAGAUCACUUAAGAUGAAUUACACUGUCAUGAAGACAAGACAGCAGAACCAGUUACAAGGAACCAACAAAAGCAAUCAGCAUUGAGAGCUUUCAAAUUUCUUUCACAAGAGAACUCCAAAAUGCACAACUAUCUUUCAGUUAUGUUAAAAAUUAAAACCUUUGGAAUAAUCAGUUUCUUCUAUGUUUUAAUCAAAUUGUUAAAGACAGGUUUUGUUUGCACUAUUGAGAAACUAUACAGCAAAGAUGCCUUAAUUACUAGUGUUUCAAAAAGCCAAUGUGUUAAGAUGCAAAUAGCUACUAUGUUCAGAUUGUGAUGAAAAACUACAAAAUCAGGGUUUCAUAUUGUGUAGUUAAUGAAGCAUUGCACAUAUACAAAGAUUCACGUGUGAAAAAUAUUAUAAAUACCUGAAGUUAAGCUUGGAAAAACAGUUACUGCAAAUGUCAGCAGAAUGGUGAAUUUAUGUCUAACAUAUUUUUAUAUUGUACAUGGAUUUCUAACAUGGUAAUCUUGUUCUGUAUCAUUUAAACUACAUGCAAAUAAGUAAAUGUAUUAAAUGUAUCUACUGUUUUUUCUUUUCAAGUUCAUAAAAACAAUUUCUAUAAUAGUCUCUUCCACACUACUUUUUAUCAUUGGUAUUUAUGUCUGUUGUUUGAAAUGUUUACAGCCAGAUGAGGCCAUGUUAUUGAAAUCACACCGUUUUUAUACUACCGCCUUUAAUAAACUGACAAAGAGCUUUUGCAAAGUUAAUUGAGUUCUGGCCUGAUCACCAAUGGAAAAUUCGUACCAAUAAUAACAUUGAAAAUACAGCUAUAAACUUUUUACUAUACUAUUGCUAUCCUGUACUAUUUUAAAAGCUACAGCUUCAUAGUUCUGAAAGAGUUUUUAUUUUAGACUUGCUAUUUUUUUAUAUUAUGAUUAGGAAGCACGCAUUUCCAAUGAAAACUUACCAAGUGCCAGCUGUUCACUUAAAACACAAACACAUGCACAGCAGGUACCACCAAAUAGUCUACUUCCAACCAAGUACCUAGAAGAUUGUCUUCCCCAGUGUUAAGCAUACGCACUCUUAGUGAUGUGCAGGAGAAAAGUGUUUCGAUCAUCCCAAGUGGUUUUUGCUUUACAGAUGAAAUAGAUUUGUUUUCAAUUUGUUUAGUGGUCAACAGCUUUAGGCCUCAUGCUUCAUUUUGUAUUUAAUUUAUAUAUCAUUAUUGCGCAUUUCUGAAGGCCAACUAGAAAUCUGUCAUCAGAACUUGAUGCUUUUGGUUAUUUGAGUCUUCUUUAAAGAACCAAAUGUUUUGCACUUCCCAGGGCUAUCAGGUACAGGAAAGAGUUUCAGGGAUGUCCCAGAAUGGAGAACUCCAGGGGGCCAAUCUGGAGAUAUGCAGGCAGCCAAAUUCUUCUUGCUAGAAUUUUUAUGGACCAUUAGAGAUAUUUCACCCUGAAAAGGGUUUGAGAUGGAACUUGCUACUUUUCAAAUGUUCUUGCUGUCAAUUAAAAAUUUAAAGGAACUAUAAUAUGACAAUGUUCUUGUACUACUUUACUGUUCUGUUGAGCACUUAAGUGUAAAAGUAAUGUAAAUACUAGCUUCAUCAUUUGGGUAGCAAUUACUGAGACUUAAGAUUCCUCAAGGACAGUACAGUAAAUUUGAUAGAAACUUGCAUCCUGUUCUCUCCUGUUUUUUUAAUAGGCAAAAUGAAGUAACUUAUGGCCAUUUAUUUCUGAUAACAAGUAAUCACUGUACUUAAUUGAAAUACUCUGUUAUUCAGAAAUGCGGCUUUAUGUGAAUACAUGGGCUUACAAUGUAAAUCUGUGGCCACAUGUGGAAUUCCAAAUUGUUAACUGUGGAUGGUGCUUUUGUUCUAGUGGCAAGGUAAGGUUGACUUGAGGAUCGUUAUUGAGAAAUACCUAAUAAAAUAAUGUGCUAUUUCUAACUGCCAAAAGUUGUAUUUUGACAG